AAUUUUCUUAACAAACAUUUGAAAUUUGAAAAAUGUAUUUAUUAAUAUUAACAGUUUUGAAACAACGGUUAAAUCUUCUUCGAUUUGCACUUUACUGGAUCUGCGUACGACUGGAAUAUCUUGUAAAAGUCCAUGUAAAUGCAAGUGCGUUCGCGCGCAUAUAUACUCUCAUCUUCUCUCUCUCUCUCUUUCUUUCCCUCCCUCCCCCCUCUCUCUCAUCACCGUUUAUAUGCGCUCGCGCGCUUGUGAGUCGGGUGCGGGUAUAAUAAUAACGUUCGGUAAGUACGUGUAAGUACGUGUUUGUAGUUACCCCUGAGGUGAGCCACCCCCGGAGAGGCAAGAGAGCCAGGAGGCCCCGCCUUCGUCGGCAUGGGGUUGGUUGUCACGGGGGUGGGACACUCGGGGGGCGGUUCUUUGCUACCCGAGUUCCCGAUUUAGCGCUCUCGCUCAUCGCGGGGGUGCCAGCCGGAGAGAAAGAGGGUGACGUGAAAGAGGCGCGCGAAGUACGGCCUGAUACGCAUCCCGUGCGCGGAGGACAAUCGAGCUCGCUUCGCGGGUAAACCCUCGAACACGUUUCGUAGUCGACCGCGACAGUACGAGACAAGCAUUGGCCCAUUAGGGCGCGGAACGUUUAAUAGUCGUAAUUAAAGUGAUUUAAAUGUCAUAGCUGAAGGAACGUCGCGGGAGGAGCGAUUGAAGCAUUCGUCGUUGGUGUUGAAGAAAGACGAUCGUGAUCGGCGAAAUGAACAUUUACCGAAAGUGAAAGAACCGUCGCCGUGAUUGAGGAAAUCCGAUUAAGCGAUUGUCAUAGCUGAAGAAAGUUAGUCUUUGAGCGACCGAGUUUCGCCGUCGUUGUAGCAACGAGUGUCCGUCAAAUAUUCAAAGGAAAUAAUGUUCGUCACAUUCGAAGAAAGAAAUCUAUAAAGAAUUGAAUACUUGGACCGUCACUCGGUGAUCGUGAUUUAAUUGUGAGAUAGACAAUUUCCAUCCCUAUUUGGCGCUGUUUGGCAACUGAACUGUAUUUUCAGGAUGGAUGGACCGGCGGUGCUGUCAAUGCCGCCGAUACCGACUUCUUCACAAAAACCGGCACAGUCGCCGCAACCGCAAUCACACCCGAAACAGAAUCAGGAGUUGCAGGUGGGUACCGUGUCGCUUUACGGGAUCCACAUCGUGUCGCUGGUGAUCGAGGGCCAAGAGAGACUGUGCCUGGCACAGAUCAGCAACACCCUGUUGAAGCAGUUCAGCUACAACGAGAUCCACAAUCGUCGGGUGGCGUUGGGCAUCACCUGCGUACAUGCACCCCCGUCAACUGGAGAUACCUCCGUCUAUAAAACUGUAGCGUGA